AUGAAACCGCCACAGUUUCAUGGGGGAUUAGAUCUGUUGAAUACUGAAGCAUGGGUCCUUAGCAUAGAAAAGUUAUUUGAAGUGUUUCCUUGUCUAGAAACACAGAAAGUAAUGCUAACCACCUUCAUAUUAGAAGACGAACCACGGAGGUGGUGGAUGUUGAUCCAUGAGAGUAAUAAAGAUAUUGGCUGGACACGAUUCUUGGAAAUUUUCUAUGAGAAAUAUUUCCCACAAUGUGUCCGGGAUAGGAAAAUGUCAGAGUUUAUGGAACUCAAGCAAAACAACAUGUUGAUAGCAGAGUACGAGGCCAAGUUUACUGAAUUGGCCAGAUUUACACCACACAUGGUCGAUACUGACUAUAAGAAAGUAAGACAUUUUGAGAGAGGCCUUCGAGAUGAUAUCUUAGAUAAGAUGAAUGUACUAAAGCUAGAAACUUACAUUGAUGUAUUGGAUCGGGCCAUAAUAUCAGGAGCUAAUCUAGCUAGGCAGAGCAAAUCACCGUUUGAUUGGAAAAGUAAAAUGAAAGGCUUUUUCUCAAAGAAAAGGGUUUCAAAGAAACAAAAUACAGGCUCCUCAAGAACUUCAAAUUCUUCCUAA